AAAGCGAUUGAAAUUGUCACAAAAGCUACAGAGGAAGAUAAAGCUGGAAAUUACGAGGAAGCGUUACGUCUUUAUGAGCAUGGAGUAGAAUACUUUCUGCAUGCGAUAAAAUGUAAGAGUUUUGUUACCUGGCAUGAUUUAAAGUUGGAAGCAAAAUAUUUGUGUACGUUCACAUCAAGCCCUUGUGCUGUGUUUUGCCUGUUUUGUACUUGAUUACUGUUGUUGAUAGUGUUUAUUUGUUUGUGUUUGUGCUGAAUGAUACGAAACAGUCUUGAUCAACUUUAUUCAGCACAGUAUUUUAGAUCAGUAGUUUUCGUCUUAAUUAUACUGCCGGGGUAAAAACAUUGAUUUAGUCCAAUGACAAAUAAAUCCCACCUUUUUCUCCCAAUUUUGCUCAACCAAGUGCCAUUUCUUAUUAUUUAACAAUUUUGAUUUAUUUAUUUGCACCAACUUCACUUAUAUGGUACCUUAACAGCAGGUACAAGGAUUGGUCACUUCCCAGUCAAAAGUGUCAGCUACCCUAAGCAAAAUCUGUGAAGCCGUCCAAGGAGUAAAAGCAACAUGUUUCCUGGCCUUGAAAACUGGCAACAAUCUUCUCAGAAAUCACUGUCAAUCAACACAAAAAGGGGAAGAAUUGUGACGUGACAAUCCAUUUUUAAGUAGUGAAAGUGACAUCUUUUCACUUUUUCAAUUUGGCUGUUCUGGCAGUGAAUUAACAAACUCUCUUCUAUUAUUUCAAAACUUUUUUGUUGUUUUCUUUGGAACUUUUUCUAAUAUUUAUUAUUAUGUUAUUGUUCAAGAAUGCUCCCUCAAGGGAGAAAGGUCAAUAACAAUUUAUUCCUUCCAGGUGCUACAUCUGCUGUAAUUUCCAAAAAAAAUUGAGUAUCACAAAAUUUUAUGCUGAACCAACAGCAACAUUUUGUUCCUAGCUAAAAUUUAACAGGAACAUUUUUUCUAACCUACUUAGCAACAGGCAGUGUCAGAAAUUACCGACAAAGCGACUGUAUCUGGCAGCCUUAGAUCUUAGUGACAGCCUUGAUAAUCAUGUCUCACAGCUUAUUACUAAUAGGCCCAAAGCAAUGCAUCAACAAAGAACAAAAUAAAAAAAAAUUAAUGCAACACCAAACAUGGCCAUUUUCUAAUGUCAUUGUUGGUUUGUGUUAUUAAAGUUCAUUUUCCUUGAGUAAUUUGGUAAAAGGCAUGUUAAUGUUUUAUUGGUUUUACACUUAGCGUAGAUGUUGUGGUUCAAUUUUAUCCUUGGUUUAAAUUUUAUUUUCCUUUGUUCCAAACUCAUCAUCAUAGAUAAACAUACCCAAAAAAAGAAGAAAAAUAAAAUUUAAAGCAAGGAUAAAAUUGAACCACAGCAUUGAUAUUAGGCCCUUCCACAGUGUUUUUAAUCUUUUGACAUGGACCAGUUAAGGAAAAUCAGUUGACAUCACUGGAAAGAGAGCCUUAAAAUUAGUCAAUUUGUGAAAUUUGAAGGUGAUACGUCAUAAGCAAGCAAAGAUAUAACUCUGCAAAGUUGCGAAAAUUUACAGACUUUUGUAUUUACCCCCCAAACAUACAAAUGUCUUUAAAAAUUUGCAACGUUGAGGAGCUAUAUCUUGGUUAGCUCUCAACAAAUCACAGGGCUGUUAACAAGAGCCGGUAGCCGGCCAAAACCGCCAGCUAGUCAGCCAACCUAAGCUGGCUACUUUCAUAUCCUUUUACCAUAACUGCUAACAAAAACUAAGCACCAUCGGAUAAAAUUGUAGAGCAUCUGCUUCCCAGUUUUGAAUGACAUCAAACAGAUAUUUCAACUGGUUUAGAUCUGUGAAACGUUUGAACCUUGCGAUGUCUUGGAAGGCCUGGGACAUUUUGACGGCAUUGUUGCCAGUCUUGUGUGCAUUCUGACGAAACAACGUGCCAAACCCCUGCAAAUGCCUUUUCUGAGACUCUAAUUUUUAAAAUGGCCCUAGAUGUCUCAGCCCUCAAGAACUUGUGCCCUUGGUGCAAGUUCCACGCUGCCUAGUAUUCCUUAUCAGCCUGCUACUUAAAAACAUUUUGACAGCCCUGAAUCACUUUCAAACUUGACAAUUUUACUUACAUUAAAGGCGCUUUUACCAGUAGUGUAGCUGGACUUUCCCAAACUUGUCAAAAGUUGAAAACAACCGUGGAAAGGUCUGUUAGGAAAUGUGGAUACUAAAUGAUGCUUCAUCUGUGAAUUCCUGGCAAUAAAUAAUUAGAAAGCAGACCCGUAAUGUGGCAUACAGGGCUUCUGAUAUUUUGCGGAAAAAAAAGCAAAAUUUCGCGGGAUUUUCAGGGGCAAAUUCGCAGAAAAAUCGGCUGAUUUCGCGGGAAAAAAGUCAAAAUUCGUGGAAAAAUCGGCCAAUUUCGCGGGAAAAAAGUCAAAAUUCGCCGGAAAAUCGUUCGAUUUCACGGGAUUUUAUUGGGAAAAAAGUCAAAUUUUGAAGGAUUUUGGGUUAAAUUCUUAGAAAAAUCGGCCGAUUUCACGGGAAAUUUCGGGGGGAAACUUCACUAAGAAACAAUCAGUAAAAAACACCUGAUUUUGCUGGAUUUUUUUUGGGCAAAUUUUGCUAAAAUCGAUCAAUUCUGCAUCGAUAUGACCAGCGUUGUUUAACGUUGUUUUUUUAACAGGGAUAAUCAUUUGCUUUUUCAACAACAGUUUGCUCGAGAAAUGAGCGAAUGCUAAAGCUAUUAACAUUAUGGUUAGUGCCAGUUUUUCGCAACAUUAAUCUAAGAAUGCCUGGUAGUUUUGGGACGUUGUUUACUCGUUGCAGUGACGAAGUUUCAAGAUAAAUUUGGAUGUUUGGGGUGAAUAAAACAGGUCUAAUGGCCAAGAUAAGUAUUAAAUAUGUUUUGCCGACAAGUAUUUGGAAAUAUUUCUGGCGGAUUUCACGGUAUUUCGCGUUUUUGGGGUAAUUUCGCGGGAUUUCGCGGAAAUACUUGAAUUUCGCGGGUCCGCGACCGCGCGAAAUAUCAGAAGCCCUGGGCAUAUCAUUAAAAAAAUAUUUUGUAGUUGUAGUGAUAUUUUUGGUUCAAUUCUAUAGAUGAAGCCCAGGGAGAUAAAUCUAAAGAAAGUAUUAGACAGAAAUGCAUCCAGUACCUUGAACGAGCUGAGAAGCUUAAACAGUAUGUGAAAACCAAAAACAAAAAGAAGCCUGUUGCAUCUUCUGGUGGUGGAAAGGAGAGCAACAACAAAGGAGGGUUAGUAUCUAGUUUUGUUUUAUUUCUGUAUUUCUCUUAUCAUUUUGAGAGGAUAAACAAACUUGACCACCAUUUACUAAUCUCAGCUGAAAGUUGCUUAAAGAAUCUCACCCAUCAGUUAAAAAACGUAUCGUUUCUCAGCUAACAGUUAACAUUUUGGCUAAUUCUCAGCUAUCAGUUGACCCCAUCCACACCCUCCUCUUCAGUUGCAGCAACUUUUGGUUUUCUGAUCCUCUACAUCUCGAGCACCGUGUUCCUAAAUCGGCGAUCUCUAUAGCAGUAAAUUAAAGGAUUAACUAAAGAAUUUACUCGUACUGAGACAUUAUUUCACUAGCAUGUACCAUGCGACAUUGCUUUUAUCCCAUCAAUCCUAGAGCACCUGCAAAGAUGGCGGGUAUCAUGAAUAAGGUCUAUUCAAUUUUUGUUUUUUUUCGAGCCUUGCAUCAAGAGCAGAUAAGCUUGUGGAAGCCUAGAGUGUCUUGUAAAAGGGAAAAAGGUAACAGAGCAAAAGCUGGCCUUGCCAUAUUCCAAGAAGAAAAAAGCAGACUCGAAUUGUCUAAAGCUUAGCUUAGCCUAUACAGCACUUCGCUAACUUAAAAGUUUUGCUUUUUUAUGAAAAGGAACAAAGAGGAUAGUAGUGAUGAUGAAGAUAAUGCUGAAACAAAGAAGCUUAGGGGACAGUUAAACAGUAAGUAAUGAAACCCUGCUUUCCCUAAAAAGUGGAAAACUCCCUACCAGUGUAGGUCAGUUAUUUAAUGAAGUCUAACUUACAGUGUAAGCUGUUGUUUAAAAAAUCAUUGGACCUCCAUAUGUCCUCCUCAGUAGGUAAAUUGAAUAAAACGAGUGCUUUUCUAGUAUAUUUAUGUUUUUUUGUUUUUUAAAAUCAGGAUUAUUGUUUUAAGUUAAGAUGCACUUUUUGUUUGAGUGUCAAUGUAUUUAGCUCAAAAGUACCAAUUGAGGGCACUAUUGUUAUGUCUCCUACUGGAAAGGACUGCCAUUUUACAUGUAUGUGGUCAUCUGAGCCAUGCAAAGAUCUAGCCAUUUGCAGAGCAAAGGAGGUACCUUCAUUUUUUAGUUAUUUUAAGACCCUGAGUAUUGGUCUGCUCGUGGAGAUUAAACCCACAACGGCCCACUCCGCAGUCAACUUCUGUACUGACUGAGCUAAUCCUGCCCACAAGUGUCUGCAUUUUCGAUUGACAAGCCAGUGACGGUGUAUGUAUUUAAAUCUCAGGUGCAAUUGUAGUGGAGAAACCAAAUGUACAAUGGUCAGAUGUUGCUGGGUUAGAAUCAGCCAAAGAAGCCUUAAAAGAAGCUGUUAUUCUGCCAAUCAAGUUUCCUCACUUGUUUACAGGUAAUUGAUAGUCAUCUUGGCUGAAUAUUGAAUCUCAAUCCAAAACAGUCAUGCUCCAACCCUUUCAUUUUUUGACCUGAAGUGAAAAUGAUGUGAACUGUGGAAAUACAAAUCUCAAUGAGGAUAUGCCGUCCCAGUGGUAAUACCAAUCUGCACAUUGCGAAAUAAUAUUUUGUGCUUUAGUAGGAUUUUGAACCCAUGGCUAACUAACUAACAAAAUUUUUUUCAUGUGAAGAUGAAGUAAGCUGUAAGGUUUAAGUUACAAAAUGUUGUUCUAAUACUACUGGCCCCAGUUGUUCAAAUGUAGGAUAGUGCUAUCCACCAGAUAAAUCACUAUCCUGCAGCAGAUAAGUAUUGGCAAAACCAAUGACACUGUCCGCUGGAUGGUGAUUAAUUUUUUAUCCUUUGGAUAGUGCUAUCCAACGUUUGAACAACCGGUGCCUAUGCAUUAUUUGCUUUGUUUUCAGGAAAACGCAAACCCUGGAGUGGAAUUCUGCUUUAUGGGGUAGAUCUGUCUUUUGUUAUUGUUUAUUGAUACAUUGUAUAUUUUAAAAUGUGCAGCAAUAAAUUAAAGGGUUGAAAAUUUUAAGUGAUAAUGGAUAUGCUUCAGGUCAGUAUAUUAUAAUUGAUUCAGGUUAAUUCUCAAUUUGUCUCCUAGCCAUAAUUCAUGGAUAAUUAUGGCUAGGAAAAAAAAAAGGAAAUUGACAAUCAACUAAGGUUAAAAAAAUUUCACCUGAAUGUAAUUUUGACCUGAAACAGAUACAGGUUGUACUCCUAUGCUGAGUGUGGUUUUUGAUUGUUUGCUGAAAUCUUUUUAUUCCAAUCUGCUGAACAUAAAAAUAAAAUUGGUUACUAGACCACAUGCUUACAUAAACUGCAAACAGUUGUUUUUUCUCAAAAAUUGGUUUUUCAAGCUGUGAAGGAUCAGACAUGCAAAGUGCUUAAGGCUCACAUACUCGUCUUGCAGUCCGUUUUUACCCUUGCUCCAGACCUAUCAUUUGGCAGCUCAUGCAUUCUUGACCUACACAAAAGUAUGGACUGUUUUGCAGUCUAGUGCUUACAAGGAGUAUUUUACUAAAUGUAAAACUGGAGCCAGAAAUAUUUCAUGAGGCAUUUGGAUUUUAGGUGUCUUUUGCUUCAAGCUUUUUGUGUACUCUGUUCUAUUAAUCAAAGCUAAGGAAAUCAUGGUUAAUAAGUUAUGGAAAAACAAUUUCCUUUCUAGCCUCCUGGAACAGGUAAAUCAUACCUAGCAAAAGCAGUUGCCACAGAAGCAAAUAACUCAACUUUUAUAUCAGUUUCCUCAUCUGACCUUGUGUCCAAGUGGCUUGGAGAAAGUGAAAGGUACAGUUAG